CUCCGCUCCUUUCUCCCCUCACAGUCCGCCGGAAACAACGCUGUUCAGUGUUUUCCGUAGUCAUCGUUGAGUAGCAGACAGUUGUCUACACAAAGAAAAGCAUUUAGUUUGUAUCUUAGUUUCCGUAUCUUUAGAUUAAAAUGCCGCUGGAGAAUCUAGAGGAAGAGGGUCUGCCCAAGAACCCUGAUCUGAGGAUAGCACAGCUGAAGUUCCUGCUGACGAUGGACGGACACCGACAGGAUGCUAAAGUGAAGACUGAGCUCAUGGACUCGAUCAAAGCUAACAACAUGGCACCAUACUAUGAGGGUCUGUGUAAAGAUCUGAAGUGGCAGCUGGACAGUGACCUGCUGAGUAAAAUGAAGAAGGCCAACGAGGAGGAGCUGAAGCGCUUGGAUGAUGUGCUGGAGGACGCGGAGAAGAACCUGGGAGAGAGUGAGAUACGGGACGCCAUGAUGGCCAAAGCUGAAUAUCUGAUCCGAAUUGGAGACAAGGAGGGCGCCCUGACUGCCUUUAGGAAGACCUACGACAAGACAGUUGCUCUAGGUCACAGACUAGAUAUUGUCUUCUACCUGUUGAGGAUCGGCCUCUUCUACAUGGACAGCGACCUCAUCACUCGCAACUCAGAGAAAGCAAAGAGCCUCAUUGAGGAGGGGGGAGACUGGGACCGGAGGAACCGUCUGAAGGUGUACCAGGGCCUGUACUGUGUGGCUAUCAGAGACUUCAAACAAGCUGCUGAGCUGUUCCUCGACACAGUGUCUACCUUCACCUCAUAUGAGCUCAUGGACUACAAGACCUUUGUCACCUACACCGUCUAUGUCUGCAUGAUUGCCCUCAAGAGGCCUGACCUCCGAGAAAAGGUAAUAAAGGGAGCAGAGAUCUUGGAGGUGCUGCACAGUUUGCCUACUGUCCGCCAGUACCUGUUCUCCCUGUACGAGUGCCGUUACUCUGUUUUCUUCCAGUCUCUGGGCAAUGUGGAGCAGGAGAUGAAGAAGGAUUGGCUUUUCGCGCCACACUACCGCUACUAUGUGAGGGAGAUGAGGAUCCAGGCCUACAGCCAGCUGCUGGAGUCCUACCGCUCCCUCACCCUGGGAUACAUGGCUGAGGCGUUUGGUGUCAGCACAGAGUUCAUUGACCAGGAACUGUCCCGGUUCAUAGCUGCAGGCCGCCUCCACUGUAAAAUCGACAAAGUGAAUGAGAUUGUGGAAACAAAUAGACCUGAUAGCAAAAACUGGCAGUACCAGGAGACCAUCAAGAAGGGCGACUUGCUGCUCAACAGAGUCCAGAAGCUGUCAAGAGUGAUCAACAUGUAACUACAGCAGCCAUAUUUUCUCAUCACAGCAAGAAGACUUGCCUUUUGGUAUGCCUGAUCCUGUAGUUUGUCUGACAAAGUGACUCUUAUAAUGUGUAUAUAAUAAAAUUUGUUUAACUGUUGGAA